AUGCUUCAACCAAAAAUGAUAGAAUUAGAAAAUUAGAUUAACUGCAGUUAGAAACAUAAUUUACCAAUACUAAUGGUUAUAUUUGAUAAAAAGUUAAAGAGGGAAGAACAUCUUUUGUGUGCAUAAUGUAUGGAAAACUUUGAAUCAGAAAGUAAAAUGAUUGGAUUUAAAAAGACACUCAAAAUGAUGGAAGAACAUCAAAAAACUAAAUUAGAAAAUAUCGAAAGAAUAAUCAAACUCAAUUAAGAUAUGGUCGAAUCAUUGAUCAACCAAAUUCAUAAACUAAAAUCGGACCUUAAUUAAUAAUUGGAUGAAUUGAUAUCAAAUUCUAUAGACUGGAUUAAAAGCCUUAACAAUAUUGGAUAAGCUAAUACAACAUAUAGUUUUCUUGAUGAAUUAGAAGCACUAAUUAAUAGACCAAAGGAAAACAUUUUCAAUUAAGAAUCUAUUAUUGAUUAAAUUAAAUUAAAUAACGAUUCGCUUAGUGCCAAAAUAAAAAUCAAAUUAUCCAAUCUUUAAAACUAAGAUUUGUAUAAAUAAUGUGAAAAAACAUUGGGCAAUAUUAAUUUAUUUCCACAUGUAAAAUCUUUGGAGAAUUCAAUUGAUUAUCAAGAUGAAUGUUGUGCAUUAUCUUUUAAUGAAUCUGGAACCCUCAUGAUAUCUGGUUGUAAUUGUGAGAUUAAAGUAUGGAAUUUUUAAAAUGGAAUUUUGAACUAAAUUACGACUCUUAGCGGCCACAAAUGGAUGAUUACUUGUCUUAUAUUUAGUAAAAAGAGCAAUAGUUUCCUAUCAGCCAGUUAUGAUUAAACAAUCUGUUGUUGGAUUUAAUAAAUGAUAAAGUAUGGAUGAGUUCCUAAUUCUAUUAAAAACAUACUAAUUGCAUAGACUGUUUGAUUUUGAAUCAAACAGAAAAUCAACUCAUCUCUGGAGGAAGAGAUUUUUCGAUUAAAGUUUGGAAAGUUGAUUUUUAAAAAAACUAAUUAAGCUAUUUAUACUCAUUAGAUAAACAUAAGAAUGAUAUAUAUAGUUUAGGUUUAAAUUAAUCUGAAAAUACUUUGGUUUCUUUCGAUCUUAACGAAAUAAUAAUUUGGAAGAAAGAUAAUUAACAAAAUUGGUAUUUUGAAAAUCUAGUUACAUUAGAAAUCCAAUCACUAGGAUCGAGGUUGAGUUUUAUAAAUGAUCACUAAUUCAUUUUAGGAACAGGAAACGAAGAAGAGGAUUUAAUCAGCCUUUUCGAAUUAUAAAAUGAAAAAAACCUACAACUUUAAAUUAUUGAAGAAUUGAAAUUAUUUAAUAGUGAUGGAAUCGAUGCAAAUUUAUUUCCAAUCUGCUAUAACAAAGAAAAGAAGAUCAUGAUCUUCAAAUAAAAAUUACAUGUAUACAUUAUUUAGAUAUCAAAUGAAGGUAAAUUAAAAUUACUCUCUUAGAUAAAUUAUUCAACAUCAUUUAUUAUUGGAACAUUAACAAAGGAUGGAAACUAUUUAAUAAUUUGGGAAGAUAUUGGAAAGAAGUUUGA